AUGACUUCUUACAUACAAUCAUCCUUUAGUAUUCAAACAAAAACUAAUUUUGACUUUCUACAGUAACCCAGCGAUUCUGAUUCGGAUAGUGAAUCUAAGCACAUGUUAAAGGGGGCACAGAAGUAAACUUAGCAGAGAGAUGUAAAAAAAUAAAAGAAACUGAUUGAUAUCGAUUCAAUAAGAAAUGAGUUAGGAUUGAGACCAAUAACUGAGAAUUCGAAUCCUGAUAAUUAUUAUCGUAGAUAUUCGAGAAAGAGCAUCGCAACAUUAACCAAUAUGAUAAUACCAACAUCAUCCAUUUUGAUUGAAUAAUUAAGUUAAAUUAAAAAGAUCAAGGAAAUAAGGAAGGAAGUGCCUCCUGAGUUAUUGGGUCGUAUUUACUCUGAAUUUAGGUUUCAAUCAGUGCCUCAAUUGAAUCCAGUUUAUAGAUAGGGAGAUCAAAAUAAACGAUUUUAUAUAAUCUUGGAAGGGAAGGUGGUAGUGAUGAAACCAAAAGAGAAGAUGGUUGGAUCUAACAAGUUGGAUUACUUGGAGAAUUCACAAUCAAAACUCAUUAAAAAGACUGAAUAGGAUCCCUAUGGACUGAACAGUGUGUUCCCAGAUUACAUAAUAUUGAAAGUACUGUUUUAAGGAGAUUCGUUUGGAGAGGCAGCUAUUAAGUUGGAUACAGCAAGAUCAUCAACAGUUUAUGCGUUGGAAUAGACUCAUUUAAUAUACUUGAGUGAGAUGGCAUAUUUGGAGUUGAUUAAUCCGUAUAUGAGUGCUGCAUUAGAUAAUAAAAUAAACUACUUUUCCAAAACUCCACUAUUUUAGUUUAUUGAACCUUAAGAAUUCAUGGGUAUAAUUUUAGAAUGUAAAAUGAUUACACAUCAUGCUGGUGAAAUUCUAUUUAAGGAAGAUGAUAAAUCAACACACAUCUACUUUAUUAUAGAUGGAGAGAUUGAAUUAUCUAAGAAAGUAGGAGAAAAACAAAUAAUUUUGUCAUCUUAUGGAUAAUUUUAAGGAUUUGGGGAAGUUGAAAUUAUGUUAAAGAUCUCUCGAUUCACUAAGGCCAAAGUUAUUACUCCAAAAUUACACGUCUAUAGAAUAAGAAAGAGACAAUUCUUCGAUAACCUAGGUAAUUAUCAAAUUUUUGAAAAUAUGAAAAAGAAUUCGAACAUUAUAUUUAAGCAUUGGUAAAAAAAAUGUGAAACUGCCUAGUAGACUAUUCAUCAAUAGGAUGAAAUCUUUAAGGCUGCUCAGGAUGUCUAAUAGAAUAAACCAAAUUUUUAAGCCAAGCACAUUCUUAAUAAGAAAUUGGUUGAGUCUCAAGGCUAGAAGUUGUCCCAAGUGAAACUAUUAUAAAACAUAACAGAGGAAGAUCUAAAGAGCAUCAAAGUAGUUAAUACUCAGAAUCAAAGUGUGUUAUAAAAAGUCUAUAGCAAUACUUUGCAAUAGUAUUAAGCCAGAUUAUUGAAGAAACCUCAAGCAGCUUAACAAUCUCAUGAUGAAAAUUGCAUCAGGAAUAAAUUCACAAUUAAGACACAAGCUGAUCUUUUGAAUGAAAAUAGCACGGAGUUCACUUCAUUAACUUCUAGGUCUUCUUAGCCAAUUAUUAAGACAGAGAAUGUCCAUCAGUCUUUUGGGUAAUUGCCUUCUCUUCACAUUCCCUAAAAUCCUCCUCUAUAGACAGUUUUGGAUACACUUAGCACACUUCCUAGAGUGCAUAAGGAUAAUCUUGUUUUGUCUUUGAUGUAUUAAUAGGCUUUCAAAUCGGAGAAUCCAGAAAAGAAAGCAAAGUAGAUUCAGAAGGUCAUUUAGGCAUCUUAUAGGAAUGUGUAAAAGCAAUUCGCAUAAAAAAAUCAUCAUCAAAGUGAAGUCAACAGUGUUAGCAAUAAUUAGUCGAUUGACAAACUCAGAUUGAAAUUCAAGUCUAGUGUUACGAAUGAUCUCAAUUCAACCCGAAGCAAUUAUAUGAGUUUUGUUCAAUAAAAAUAAUUAUGUUCGUAUAUCAAUUGA